GAGGAAUGAUGGUCUCGGCCUUUUUCAUCGAAUUCGGCGCAAUGGCAAAGUCGAUAUCGUGCCACAGCAGCAUAUUCGAUGGCCGACGCGUACUACCCGAUGGAGAUCUUGGAGGUGUUCCCGGACGAGGACGAGGCCACAAGCAUGGCGCACAUCUCGGCGUUCCUCGCGACGACCUCGGACUUUGGCCCGAGCUCGCCCACGACGUCGAUCGACCCGGUACCCUCCAGCCCCAGCUCGGACGAGGCGCCGCCGAAUCUGACCAACACAAAGAAGCGCACCCGGCGCGAGCGACCCAAGCAAGAGAUCGAGUACCUCCACGCCAAGCACGCCGACUUGCAGCGCCAGCUACAGCUCCUCCAGCUGCUGCGCGCGCCGCCGAAAGCAUUGCAGCCGUGGCAAGAACGAGCGAUGCGCCAAGCCGAGGCCGCCCAGCGCACAUUGCAAGAGAACAGCCGCCUCAAAAGUCUCGUCGAAGACCAACUCAAGGUCAUCAACACGCUCGAGCGCAUUCUGACCAAGCGCCCGCGUCUAUCGACGUUUGGCAGCAGCCAUCUCGACGGCAAACAUCCCGUGCUCGGCGUCGCCAACCACGAAGUGGACUUGGAGCAGCUUUUGCAGCAGCAGUACGACAAGAUGGACUCGGAGUGGAUCCGGCGCCAGCUGCACGAUGCGACCGCGCCGCUCAAGCAAGCGACGCUCGAACGCAGCGCCGACGGCGACACGAUUGGCCUCGGAUUCGUUGCCAAAAUGAAGAUUCCGAUCGAUUUUCGGUCGAUGGCCGACGUGCUCUGGUCGCACAAGACGGGCCUUCUCGGUCCCGCGUGCACAGUGUUGCACACGUACCACCCGAACCUCGUCUACACUCAAGAGAUCACGGCCCUUCCAGAUGCUUCGAUGCCGAUGCUCGAGACACGCGAUGGCGUCCGCCGCUUUGACGACGCCAACCGCGUCGUCAUUCUGUGGCGCAGCAUCAUUGAAGAUGAAGCAAACCCACAUGACCCCGGACACCUCAUUGGCAGUCGCUGGGGCUGGUUGGUUGUUGAGCCCACGGGUCGCUUCGAGUGCUGUAUGCAAGGCAGUAUGACGACGUUGACACCGACGUUCCCGUCGCAUCUGGACGCUGUGGCGCCCGCCAUCGGGACCUGGACCGAGCUCCUGCUGCAAGCGUCGCAAGAAAACAAGCAGAACUUUGGCGGCCUCAUGCAAAAUGCGGUCCUCGCACGUCGCCAGCAGCUCGGCUUGCCGAUCGGCCCCGACAUCUUUUUUGGACAAGACUGCCAAGCGCCCGUCGAAAUCGUCUGAGUGUUUCGAAUGCGUGUAAUGAUUUAUGUAGAAAAGUAUAUGCCAUUGGACGCACAUUCAGCGAGGGACAGGUUGAGUUUCUUCUGCUACUGCUAGCCACCGUAAUUCAAGUUGAAAUGACGCGGGCAUGUCAUA